UGGCAGUGCUGUUAGCUUAGCUUCAGGAGAGGCUGCAUUGUUAAUUGAAAGACGGGCGAGAGUACCGGAGGGUCCGCCCGGUGUUACAGCGGUGUUCGCCGUUAGGAUAGCCGGUUUAUUAGUUUCUGUUCGAGAUGGAGCUUAGUUGCGUGCUCGCGGGUUAACCAGCUCUUCGCAUUGUCAAGUUACGGCCUUGUUGCCAACUAGCGCGUCCCAGCUAUUAACGUUAGCUGUUAGCAGUCAUGUUACACCGCAGGGGAACUAUGUAGUAUUUACAAACUUGGAAUUGUUGUCUAACUAUGUGCACAAAAAAUUCUCUAAUGGAUACUCCUGAAAGCCCUACCCAGUCCCCUCAGUCUCCGGAGGAGGAGGAGGAAAAGGGCCUUUCUGACAGUGAGCUGCUGGAUUCUGCUGAUGAAGAGGAGGACAGGGUCAACUCAGACAGUGAGAUAUUCCAUGAAGAGGAGAACGGGGGGCUGGCAGAGGAGUAUGAAGAGGAAGAGGCAGUGGAAAGCCGAGGAAGAGGUUUGGGAUUAGAAGAGGAGGGGGAAGAAGAGGAUGAGGUGAUCCCUGACUUCGUGUCUGAUCCAGAGGAUGAGGAGCCUGUAGGAGAAAGAGGAGGGAUGGGACAGGAGGAUGAGACCAUUCUGCUGAUGGAGGGGGAUGAUGAUGGUCCACAGCGAGGUCAGUUGGAUGGAGAGGAGGAGGAGGAGGAGGAAGGAGAGGAUAAAGUCAUUGACACCCCACAGUCUCCAGACUCAGAGCAGGGCAGGAGCUUCAAUGUUGAGGAGGAUGGAGAAGAUCGGGAGGACGAAUAUGGAGACUACAGAAGGGACGCCUCAGCAGAGCCUGGUGCCGAGACAGCUGAGGUGGAUGAUGAGGAGGAGGAGGAAGACAGAAGCAAGGCCGAGGAGGAAGAAGAGGACGAGAGGAAGAGAGCUGAGGAGAGGAGAAGAGCCGCCGCGGUGAGGGAGAUGAAGGACGACUCAGCGUCUGUUUCUCGGGAGCUGGACGAGCAUGAGCUGGAUUAUGAUGAGGAGGUCCCAGAGGAGCCCAGCAUCCCCACACACGAGGAGGAGGAAGAUGAGGAAGACGCAAAAGCUGAGGGAGAGGAAGAGGAGGAUAGUGAGGACAAGACUAGUAAGAGGAAGGAGAAGAAACCAAUCCUCCCGCCAUCUCCCAAAGACGGUGAACCUAGGAGGACGGACGACUCCAAAGGGCCUGAGAGGGUGCGCAGAGAUUCCUUCAGAGACAAGAAGAAGGAAGAGGAUGACGGCGAGAUCGAUGAAGGAGAGAUUGAUGAUGAUGACCUGGAGGAGGGGGAGGUCAAAGAUCCCUCAGACAGGAAGAUCAGACCACGUCCUAUCUGCAGGUUCUUCAUCAAAGGAAAUUGUACUUGGGGUAUGAACUGUAGGUUCAUCCAUCCUGGAGUCAAUGACAAAGGUAACUACUCCCUCAUCAGUAAGCCAGACCUCUUCUCACCUAAUGGAGCACCUCCUGGAGGACCACACCCGCUCAUACCCAACAACCCCUGGGCUGGGCCUGCAGUGGAGGAGCUCCCGCCACCACCUCCUCCAGUGGAACCUCCUGUUGAGAGCGCCUGGGAGAGAGGCCUGAGGCAUGCCAAAGAGGUGCUGAAAAAAGCCACCAUCCGUAAGGAGCAGGAGCCAGACUUCGAGGAGAAGCGUUUCAAUGUGACCAUCGGAGAGGACGAGAGAGAAUUUGACAAGGAGAAUGAUUUCUUCAGAGAACGCAGCUACCGCAUCAUCAGAGAUGAAAUGGACUUCAGAGAUCCUAUCUAUGGUGAUCCAUAUGCUGACCCAUAUUAUGACUAUGAAAUGGAGGCCCUAUGGCGAGGAGGCCAGUAUGAAAACUUCAGAGUGCAGUACACAGAAGCCCCUCUUCCUUACCACUACAGUCAGGAGCGCGAACGUGACCGUGACCCUCGAGAGCGGCACCGGGAUCGAGAGAGGGAGAGGGAUCACCGCGAGAGGGAGCGGCGGCAGAGAGAGAGGGAGCGAGAGCGGGAGCGUGAGCGUGAGAAGGAGAGGAUGCGGCGGAAAGAAGAGUGGGAGAGGGACAGGAUGAAGCGGGACGAGAAGGAGAGGCCGAGGAUGCGUCCUCCUCGAGACGCCAGGGAAAAGAAAGAUGAGGACAAACUCAAACCACGCUCACCCAUGAGCCUGCCACCCAACAGGCCAAUGGAGCCUCCCUCAAAGAAAGAGGUUGUUCCAGUCAUGAGGCGGCCCGAUGAGUGGAAGGACCCAUGGCGCCGGUCCAAAUCCCCCAGGAGACGGCCCGGGUUGGGCUCCCCUCCACGAGGCCGUCGGCGUCAUCGGCCCUCUGGUUCCUCCGUCUCUCUGUCCAACUCCUCCAGGUCUUCGUCUCGCUCUUCAUCCUACACAGGCUCUGGGUCAUCUCGUUCCCGCAGCCGCUCCUCCUCGUUCAGCUCCUACUCCAGCCACUCCUCCCAGCGCAGUUCCUUCAGUGGCAGCCGCUCGAGGUCUCGGUCAUUCUCCACGUCUCCCUCACCCAGCCCAGCAGCACCAAGGAAUGCAAAGAACAAACCAGACCUUCCUCCUGUGCUUGCUAAAGGCAUGCCGCUGAAGCCAGGUGCCAUGCCCCCUCCUCGCAGGGACAAGCCUCCCCUGAAGAAAGCUCCCAGCCCUCCUCCACCUGGCGGACCACAGGGCAGGCCUUCCAAACCCCUGCCAGAGGGAGGGAAGCCUCUCACUAAUCCCCGGGAGGCUGUAGGUGCAGGUGGCGGGGGAGGUGGCGGCGGAGCGGGGAGACCCCUUGCACCACGGGAACCUGGAAAACCUCCCAACCCAAGGGAAGGCAGACGGAAAGAACGGCAGCAGCAUCCGCCCCGGAGGCGGACUGUGAGUGGGAGUGUUAGUGGAAGUGGUAGCAGUUAUACUGGUUCUAGCUCUAGAUCCAGAUCCUCAUCCAACUCUCUGUCACGCUCACGCUCUGGAUCCAGAAAAUCCAGGAAAUCCAGAUCUCUGAGUGUCAGCAGCGUGUCAUCGGUGUCAUCAGCAUCAUCCAGCAGCAGCUCAGUGCGUAGCGCAGACUCAGAUGACAUGUAUGCUGACCUCGCCAGCCCUGUGUCCUCAGCCAGCUCCCACUCACCCACACCAAGUCACCCCCGCAAGGAGCGAGUGGGGCCUGCACGGGACCGACCUCCACACAGCAGAGAUAAGAACAGGGAGAGGCCAUCAAAGAAAGAUGAACCCUUCAGGGAGGAUCGCAGGAAGAUGGACCCAUCUGGUCCCCCACCUAGAGGAGGCAACCCCAUGCCCAGAUCAGGACCUGGUAGCAGGGGUGGCCACCCUGUACAUCCCCCACCUGGCACCAUGGGCCCCCCAGGAAGCUACGGAGGUUCAGGAUCCCAUAAAGACAUCAAACUUACCCUCCUCAACAAGCAAGUAGAUAAGGGCAACAGGAAGAGGUACCUGCCUUCAGACAAAGACAGGCCAGGUUCCCCGCUCAGCAAGAGAAUGGCCAUGUCUCCAGACAGAGGCCGUGAUAAGAGGGUACCUGGCCGACCCCCACUCUCCCCUCGGAUGGAUCGGCCCAGAGGCCAAGGGCCCCGGCCCAUGCCCCCCCAGGGAGACAGAAAACGUCCUCUGUCACCACCCCCCAAAUCAUCGGGGAAAGGCCCAGCAGCACCGUCGGGCAAGCCCCCCGCCCCAGGCUCCACUUCGGCCACUGGCUCAGGCUCCAGCUCGGGCUCGGGCUCCAACAAACCCAGCAACACACUGUCCCGCCGCGAGGAGCUGCUGAAACAGCUGAAGGCCGUGGAAGACGCCAUCGCCCGGAAGAGGGCAAAGAUCCCCGCCAAAUAAAUGGAAGCCCGCUCCUCACCUGUUCGCCUGCCUGCCAGUCUGCCUGCCUGCACGGCCUCGCGAGCCGGGGCAACAGUGAGGGUCGUGGGACAGAGCGGUUCCCAGCGAAUCCUACCUUUCUUCCCCUGCCUCCAAUGGACGUGUAAAAAUGUUGUAUGGUUCUUGUAUAAAGGCUAUUGUGUAAGUGACAGGUGGCCGCCACGAAAACCAUCCUCUGCUUGUUGUCCUCAGAGAGGUUGAUUUUUAGAGCGUCUUUCACUCCCAUAUACCCUACUUCUGCUCCCGUUAGAAGUCUCUGAAUGUCUCAACUGCAGUUUACCUCGUCUUUGAGAAACAGGAGGGAACAAAGGCAUGCGGUGAGGGAAGGACGUCUCAGGAAGGGAGUGUACUUUGUGUAGACUUUACAGUACAGAAACAGAAGGGUAGUAAGGUGCACUUGAUCACAUCCUGCUCACUAUGAUCCUUCAGUGAAAAGGAAGAAUCUUCCUUAUGUUGAGUGUGUGACGAAUAACAGAUUUCUACACAUUGAAUCUACCACUUCUGUCUUUCUCUGCCCCCUUUUAUCGUCUUGUUCUCGCAUCUUUUCUUUAGUUUCCUCUGUGUGAAGUGAUGUGUGACUGUCAGUUCGACAGAGUACAGACAGCCUACAACUCUUCUUUGUAUAAAUCUGCAACUUCUUGAGCAUCCAUAUUCGGCCCCUGAAAGCAAUCACGAGCCCAUGCUUUGUUCACAGCGGGCCCACCUUUAACCAAUGACUCGUCUGCGUUCUGUGUUUUUGGGCAGUGUUCACUGUCCCACCUUGUACAAUAAUAGCAAGUCAUCAGAUUCUCUCAAGCGAAUAUUAUAGACAACAGUGAUGUGAAGUAUUGCUUUUUUUUUAAUCUACAGCAUUUUCUUUUCUUCUUAGCUCUUCUCAAGUGAUAAACCAAUGUUUUAUUUGUGUCACAUUUUUAGUUGGAGGAGUAUGAGAGGUGGAACGGGGACAUUUAGAGACAAGAUAUGUCUUGCUUUUGUGACAAAAGCCUUCUAAAUAAACUAUUUUGAUAAAGAGAA